AUGGCGAGUUUUCGGAGGAUAUUUUACAAAUAUGCUAAAUACUUAGCGAUAAUUGUUUUGACAACGUUUUUUGCUCAACUCUUCAUAUCAAUAUUCUUUUUUCCUUCAAUUCACGACAAUCUUCUUAAAAGAAAUGGUUAUACAUCCGUUGCAAGGAACGAAGGCGGAGAUGCUUCAGCGAGAAAGCUUGGUUCUAAUAUUAGCGACGAUGAAGAUUUCGGUUCGAAAACUCUAUCACACAACAAACCAAUACCGCAAUUGAGACUCGAAGAGUUAGACUUUAAGCCCAUCUGUGAUAUUAAAAGUCGGGAAGCGAUAUCAGCUAUUCAUCGAGCUAAGACACAAAAAUGUAAACAGGAAAUAGUUAAUAAGACUUGUCUUAUACAGAAUGGCAGCUUCUAUCCUAAAAAAUUACCAAAUUAUUGCAGUUCUAAGACUAUGAAAUAUGGACGUCACUUAGGUUGUUUUGUAGAUGAAAAGAAAUUAAGGCUGUUGUCAGGAUUUUAUGGAAGUUAUGCUAAUAUUAAUUCUCCGACAUUUUGCCUAGAUAUCUGUGUUCAGGCUGGUUUUCUUUAUGGUGGAGUGCAAUAUGGUUCGGAGUGUUUCUGUGGUGAUACCACUCCCACUGCAUCAUCACUGACUACAGAUGGUUCCUGUGACAUGAAGUGUCCCGGAGAUCGUUCAAAGAUCUGUGGGGGUUAUCUGACAAUGAAUGUUUAUGAGACAGGCUUAGAUAAGUUUGUUGCACAGAUUCCAAAAACUCCUGAGAACAAAGAAACAUCAGUCAGAGUUGUAUUUCUCUUGACCUUAAAUGGGAGAGCACUUAGACAAGUACAUAGAUUAAUUAAUUCUUUGUAUAGAGAAAAUCACUAUUUUUAUAUACAUGUUGAUAAGAGACAAGACUAUUUACAUCGUAAGUUAUCUGUAUUAGAGAAGCAAUUUUCAAAUAUAAAAUUAGCUACAAAACAAUAUUCUACAAUAUGGGGUGGAGCAUCUCUUCUUACAAUGUUAUUGACAUCCAUGAAAGAUAUUUUGAAGAAUGGAUGGGAAUGGGACUAUGUUAUAAAUUUAAGCGAAAGUGAUUUCCCCAUAAAGUCUUUAGAGGAACUUGAGAAGUUUCUCUCUGAUAACAAAGGUUAUAAUUUUGUUAAAUCUCAUGGACGUGAAGUCCAGAGAUUUAUUAAAAAACAGGGCCUCGACAAAACCUUCAUAGAAUGUGAGACACACAUGUGGAGGGUGGGUGAGAGAAAAUUACCGAAAGGUAUUGUUAUAGAUGGAGGUAGCGACUGGAUAGCAUUGUCUCCAGAGCUCGUGUCUUAUGUUGUUGGCGAGCGUGACGAGCUUUUAUCAGGCUUGGAUGUUAUAUUUGAACACACAUUACUUCCAGCUGAAUCUUAUUUUCACACUGUAUUGAGGAAUUCCCGCUUCUGCAAUACAUAUGUGGAUAAUAAUUUGCAUGUAACAAAUUGGAAAAGAAAACUGGGUUGCAAAUGCCAGUACAAGCAUGUUGUUGAUUGGUGUGGUUGUUCACCUAAUGACUUUAAAACUGAAGACUGGCCGAGGAUUCAGAACACACAGAGUAGACAGUUGUUUUUUGCUAGAAAAUUUGAACCUAUAAUCAACCAAGAAAUCAUUACGAGGGUUGAGCAAUAUAUAGGAUUUAAAGACCAUUAUUUAAUCCCUAAUUUAGAGGCUUACUGGCAAAAUUUAUAUGAUAUAGAAGAUUUAACUGCUAACACUGAUGACACUUUACUUUCACAUGGAGGGAGCAUAAUUCGCCACAAUUCAAAGAUAUUAGCUCAAGAAAACUGCAAUAUUGAAAUUAAAGAAAUAAUUGAAAUUAAUUUGUAUAAAUAUGCAGAUGUUUACAAAGGUAACCUUAUACUGCACAAAGCAAUAAUCAAUAAUGAUUUGGAAGUGUUUCUGGAGACUUGGUACAAACCAAAGAAAUUUCUCGAUUUAGGCACUGAGAAUCUUGAUAUGGAAUAUAUAAAAAUAUUUAAAGUUAGCUCAGAUUAUGAUCAGAAGGAAAUGAUUUUUCGGAAUUUAGGAAAUAUUUUGGGUCCUUGGUCAGAACCAGUAUUACUUUAUCAGUUUUCUGCGUAUGUGGAUAAAAAUAUGGGAAACUUGACUCUAGUGUGGUUGGAUCCCGCUGGCGUAAUUGCAGAUAUAAAUAUAAUAUCCAGAGAUGAAAAUAACUUAACCAGUUUUAUCAAACCUCACAUUAAAGCACCAUUAUUGCCUGGUGUCUGGAGAGUUGGCUUAUUUGAUAAUACGAGUACCAUUGCUGUUACGAAGUUUCUUAUAACUCCUCUGGAAUAUUUCUCUGGUAAAGAAAUAACCCAACAAGAAGUUAGUUUAAUACAUGGGGGGUCACAAAAUUCUUAUAAAUAUUUUGAUAAUUUUAUUUUAAAGGGUAACACAUUUAUACCUAGUCGUGAAAAUAGGUUGUUAUUAAUGGAAAUAUCAAAAUUAAACACGAGAAGAGUUAAUAAAGAUUUGAUAGAGUGGAUUGACAGUCUACACACAGAGUUUUAUAACAUCUUGGGUUCUUGUGUAUUUUUAACAGAAAAUAAAUCGUUUGAAAAGAUAUCUUGUGGGAAUUAUAAAUUUCAGCAAUGCAUUCUUUCUGAUUGGAGUUCUAAGUCACCGGAUCCCAAAGGUGUGAUAGGAAAAUUGGAUAAAAAUACUGGCCGUUUAAGAAGGAUAUGA